GGGUGGGAGGUGAUUUGGGGGAAGGCAGUCCCCGGGAGAGGGGUCUGGCUUUCCCUGCCAUCACUCUGAGCGAUCCCCGGGAGGGGUGGAAGGUGGGGGGAGGCGAUGGAAAAGUAUCAAGUGACACCUGAAGAAACUCAACUCUGGCCAGAGGAGUGAGCCGGGGAGGGCGGAAAACGGCCUCCCGGAUGGUCGCGUGGUUGGCUUAUUCCUUGGGAUGUCUGACGGGUCCAUCAGGAGACUACCGAGCCGGGAGAGGAGGGGCGCUGAGCAUCGCGGGGCGGGUCCCAGGAAGGUCUGCUAUCCAUCAGAGGCGGUGCCCAGGCUCGGUGGCUGAUCCCUCUGCGUCUGCACCCCGCACCGUCCCCUCGCCCCGGCCUCGGGUCGCAGACGCCCCCGGGUGACCCUCCGGGUUCGCCGAUGGAGCGGGCGGCUGCUCUGCGCUUCUCCGCGCCCGGCUCCCUUCUGCUCGUCGUGAUGCUCGGCGGCUCUGCACCGCUCUCAGCCCAGUUUACUGUUGUGGGGCCGACAGAUGCAGUCCUGGCCAUGGCGGGAGAAAACACCAAGUUUCACUGCCACCUGUCACCCGAGAAGGAUGCAGAGCACAUGGAGGUGCGCUGGUUCCGAUCUCAGUUCUCCCUGGCGGUGCUCGUGUAUAAGGCUGGGCGGGAGAGAACAGAGGAGCAGAUGGAGGAGUAUCAAGGAAGAACCACCUUUGUGAGCGAACAUAUCAACAAGGGGAGCGUGGCACUCAUCAUACACAAUGUCACAGCCCAUGACAACGGCAUCUACCACUGUUACUUCCAAGAAGGCAGAUCCUAUGACGAGGCUGUUAUGCACCUGAUGGUGGCAAGCCUGGGCUCUAAGCCCCUCAUUGAAAUGAAGGGCCACGAGGAUGGAGGCAUCCGGCUGGAGUGCACAUCCAUAGGGUGGUACCCAGAGCCCCAUGCCACGUGGAGGGACCCUUAUGGGGAGAUCAUGCCAGCCCUGGAGGAGGCUCACACUGUGGAUGCGAAUGGCCUCUUCAUGGUCAGCAUGGCUGUGAUCAUCAUGGACUUCUCUGUGAGGAACGCAUCCUGCUCUGUCAACAACACCCUGCUUGGCCAGGAGAGGGAAACUGUGAUUUUCAUCCCAGAGUCCUUUGUUCCCAGCACAUUCCCCUGGAUGGUGAGCCUAGCUGCUGUCUUGCCUUCUCUGCUCCUCUUCUCCGCUGGAAGCAUCUGUCUCGUCAGGAAACUCCACAGGGGAAAAGAGGUCGAAAAUGAAGCGAAAGAAGUUGCAUGUGAGGAACCGGAGAAAGAACAAGUGGAAAAAGAGAAAGAACGUCAAAUCCGAGAGCAACUUCAAGAAGAAUUGCACUGGAGACGAUCCCUGCUACAUGCUGCUGAUGUGGUGCUUGACCCCGACACUGCUCAUCCUGAGCUCUUCCUGACAGAGGACAGAAGAGGAGUGAGACGAGGCCCCUCCAGGCAGAGUGUCCCUGACAACCUGGAGAGAUUUGACUGCCGGCCUUGUGUCCUAGGCCUGGACAGCUUCUCCUCGGGGAGGCAUUACUGGGAGGUGGAGGUGGAAAAUGUGAUGGUGUGGGCCGUGGGGGUUUGUAGAGACAGCGUUGAGCGGAAAGGGGAGGCCCUGUUGGUUCCUCAGAAUGGCUUCUGGACCCUGGAGAUGUUUGGAAACCAGUACCGGGCCCUGUCUUCCCCCGAGAAGAUUCUCCCCGUGAAAGAGCGUCUUCGCCGAGUGGGCAUCUUUCUGGACUAUGAAGCUGGAGAUAUCUCCUUCUACAACAUGAGGGACAGAUCACAUAUCUACACAUGUCCCCGGUCACCCUUUUCUGGGCCCCUGAAGCCUUUCUUCAGGCUGGGGUCUGAUGAUAGCCUGCUCCUCAUCUGUCCAGCCUUCACUGGGGCCCGGGGGGUCACGGUGCCUGAGGGCGGCCUGAUCCUCCACAGGACGGGGCCCCAUCGCAGCCACCAUCAGUUCCCUGGCCUCAGACCCAAGUAGAGAAGCCCUGGCCCUCCUGCCACCAACGCACAGCACCCCUGGAAGGAAAUGGGCCCUUCUUCCCUCUGGGCACCUGAGAGAACCUCCUCCGGAGGCUCCUUUCACACUCUUUUCAGGCCCAGCCCCUCAUUAGGCUGCUGCUUUAGGAACUCAUUUGCUGGUAUCGUGGGGUAGGGGCCAGUUCCAAGAAGGGCCACCACAUGGCUCACACCCAAGAGGAACGUGUGAGAAAGUGACAGGUUUUCAGAUCAGAGUGACUCAGGGUGAAGGCAGCUGAACACACCAGGCUGCCAGGGGAGGAAAGCCACAUGUGGAGGUCAGGCAUAAAGGAAGCCAGCCAGGGGGUGCAUGGGGACCUAGGGUGUGGGUGCUCUGAGCCUUGCUGUGGUAGCUGAGGGAGCUCUGGAGCUGGUGGUCUGUUCCCACCCCUCCCUUGGCAUCUCCAGACCACACAGCACAACUCUCCUGGCCUCCAAGCUAAAGGAGGAUGAGGAUAAAGACACAUCUCAGCCUGGCUCAGGUCUCCCCUCAAUAGCCUAGAAGUCAAUACUCAGUUCCUGAGUAUGGCCUAAGGUUUAUGGUCCCACCUGAGCAGGUGAGUACCCCCAACUUGGCAGGUCCCCAGGUUCAGGUUCAGUGGGAAAAGCAGCUGACCUCAGGCUGCCUUUAAACAUUAACAAUUAUGGAGAGGGUCUCUUGAGUGGUGCAGUCAGUUGAACGUGCGACACUUGAUUUCAACCCAGGUUAUGAUCUCAGGGCCCUGAGAUCCAGCCCCUUGUCUCUGUGCUUAGUGAGAAGUCUGCUUGAGAUUCCCUCUCUCCCUCUCCUUCUGCCCUUCCCCCACUCUCUCACUAAAUAAAUAAAACCUUAAAAAUAAACAAAAAUUAAAAAAAUUAUUGAGGGGCCUCAAAGAGCUUUUGCUCAGCUGGGUUAUAUCUGCCAAUAUUUAUGGCAUUGAAGAUGGAAACUGAGACAUAUAAAAAAUGUAUUUGCAAUUUAUAUUAAAAUAGCAAUAAUAAACCCAUUAUAAGUUAAUAUAAAAA